AUGGCGCAUUUCUCGUUCAAUUCUCGCCCCGCACAUGGCUCGAGGAAUCGGCCGUGGAGUCCUCCCGUUCAUGAUACUCAACGCGCGCAGAGGAGAGAUUUUGAGGAUUAUUUUAUCAACCCAUCGUAUGUUCACGGUGGCCCAGCUGCGGGUGGUCAACAUUGGGAGGAGCCACUGGCUGCUGAGCACGAACAGACGCUCAGAAGACACAGAGCUAAUCUCAGAGCAGCCUAUGUGCCAGACUACGAUGAUCUGGGUAUACACGCGUCUGCCCGACGACAACGGAGAGAAGCCUCGGACAUCUCUGUGGAGGCUCUCGACCUGGCAGACUAUGCACAGACGCUACGACGAGCAGACAUAGCCAGGAAUGAUGCAUACCCGGACUUUCAUGCAUCUGCUUCACCGCCCGUACGCACGUCUGUGCCGCAUCGCACGUUUUCGCCACCCAGUCUACCGUAUCCACCAGUAGCUUCGACGCCUGUGGAUCGCCCGUUUUCUGCACUUUCGAGAGACACGAUGAUGCCACCGCCUUCCUUGGUCUCUGCAGGCACCACCAGCCAUUCUAGCCAUACAGGCUCACACUCACUAAACCACGCCAUGAGAAGACCAUUCUCGCUCCCGGCAGACUACCCCCGGGGUCCAGCCAUCUUCAAUACGCAAACGCCGCCACCUACUGCCCGAGCAGUUGGCACCGGGCGACGAGCGCAACCGGAUACAAUGGACAUUGACUAUGGUAUUGCAAAUGCAGACGUUUCUUCGUUUCCUCCAUGGGCACGCAAAUGGUACAAACAGGAAGAAGACGCGGCGUUUGGCGCAGGCGGCAAAGGUAAAGGUAAAGGAAAGGGAGCCCGGUCGCCGGUCGAAGAGGAUAUAUUCGGUCCAUACGUUCAUCCAAAUGAGUCCCAACGAGAUAUUGGGCUCCUGCCCUGGACCGCGACCCACCCAGGAGACGAACCACCACCCCAAGGCGCCAUUCCUGACAAUGUCAAGGAAGAACGAAUGAGAAUGCUUGAGAGAGAGUUCGGAGACAAAGGAUCGAGGGGUUGGAAGCAGGCACAUGUCGAGGAGACUAUCAUUGGGGGCAUUGAUGAAAAGGGCAAGCUGAUCACUGCUGGUCCCAAAAAGAGAGCCGCGACCCGAUGGCUGCAAGCUAUUUUUGCGGUGGCGACUGCGGUUAGUGGUAUUUAUGGCGCCCUCUUCAUCAAACUCAAGACCCCUGCCCUGCCGUCUGGUCGUGCUGCAGCCUAUAUCCUCUAUGUUCUCUCGAUUCUCACCCCUAUUCUCCUCUUCUUCUUUUUCGUCAUCUCACCCUUUUGUCUCCAUCGGAACAAAGGCGAACCCAACGACACGAUGACGACUCCCAACGGUAUGAUGGUCUUACCAGUCAACCACGGUCAGACUGGGAAGAAAAAGAAGAAGAAAGGCGGGAAAGGAGAACCUGAUCCUGGAAAUGUCCAAGUAAACCUCAUCGUCGACCCAAACAUGUUCGGAACCGGGACUGGUCGUUCUCAGCGCAUGCCGGGCCGUUACGAUGACGAUGACUACGACGAAGACUCUGAAGACGAUUCCACUGUCCCUUCAUCACGUCGGAGAGACAGGAGAAGAAGGCGUCGGGAUCGUGACGAGUGGGACUCUGGUGAUGACCGACCUGUCCCUCCGCCUCGACGCAGUAUCUUUGCUGGUCUCGCUAUGGAACGCGCAUGGCGACGAGAACGAGCCGAGCUCAAGAAGCGGGUUGCUCUUGAUAUCGUCCUGACAAUCUUGUGGACGGGGUGCUUCGUCAUGAUCUUGCUAGGUCAGAGAUGUCCACCAGGGACAUUGGAUGGCUGGUGUGACGCGUACAAUAUCGCGACGACUGGUGCCAGUUUCCUUAUCGUUCUCUUUGGGACGAGUGCAUUCUUCGACAUCAAAGAUCUACACCAAAGCAAAGUCUCGCCGCGGACACGGACAUGA